CCAACAUUCUCAACCUUCCUUUCAAAAUAAGUUAAUAAAAAAAAAAAAACAACAAACAAACCAAACCAAACCAAAAAAAAAAAAAAAAAAAUAUGCAGCAGCACAGAGAACUCAGCCUCGUGACUCUUCUCUCUCUGUUCUCUAUCUUCUUCUCUCUCAAUGUAGCUACGGCCAGCGCCGGUGCGAAAUCCGUGGAUGAAAACCCAUUUUCGCCCAAGGCCUAUCUGACCCGUUACUGGAACAAGGAGGUCCGAAACGACGCCGUUGGACCCUCGUUUCUGCUCUCCAAAGCCUCGCCAUUGACUGCGGUGCAGUCCGCUAGUUUCACAAAGCUUGCUUCCCAGAAUGCCCUCCAGACCAAGCUACCGGAGUUCUGCUCCGCCGCCAAGCUCCUCUGCUUCCCCGAUUUGGGGCAGAGUCUGGAGAAGCACGAAAGAGACGUGAGUUUUACCGGCUACUCAGAACGGAAUUUCACAAACUACGGCACGGAUCGGCUCGCCGGAGCCGACAGCUUCAAGAACUACUCUCUCGACCAGAACUUGCCUAUAGACUCAUUCCGCCGCUACAGCCGCGACUCGGUGAACCACAAGGACAAGUUCAACAACUACGCCGCCGACGGCAACGUCAUCGACGAGAGCUUCAACAGCUACGCCGCCGGGGCCACCUCCGGGGCCGGCGAUUUCAAGAGAUACGCCGACUCCACCAACGUCCCCAACCUCCGAUUCACCUCCUACUCCGACGACUCCAACGGCCGGGCACAGACCUUCACCGGCUACAGCGAGAAAGCCAACGCCGGCCAGCAGAGUUUCACCGGCUACUCCAAAAACGGCAAUGGGGCCCCGAACGCGUUCACGGGCUACGGAACCAGCUCCAAUGUGGCCGGGUCGGACUUCACCGGGUACAGCCAAUCCGGAAACGCACCAAACGACACGUUCACAAACUACGGCAACGACGAGAACAAUCCUACCGAGAGGUUCAGGAGCUACGGCGACGGCGGCAAUGGCGGGUCGGAGAAGUUCUCGAACUACAGAGACCAGGCCAAUGUGGGUUUGAGCUCGUUCCAGUCGUACGCCAAGAACUCCAACUCCGAGAAGGUCAAUUUCGUCAAUUACGGGCAGAGUUUCAACAACGGGUCGGAUUCUUUCACCGGGUACGGUAAAGGCUCCAAGGGCGGAUCGACCGGGUUCAAGAUCUACGGCGUCAACAACACUUUCAAGGAUUACAAGGACAAAAAGACGACGAAGUUCACGGAAUACUCGGCGGGUGAAAAGUCCAGUUUAGCCUCGAAAAUGGCCGCCAGUGGCAGUUUGGUGAAAAGGUGGGUGGAGCCGGGCAAAUUCUUCAGGGAGUCUAUGAUCAAAAAAGGAACUGUGAUGCCAUUUCCCGACAUUAAAGAUAAAAUGCCCGAAAGGUCUUUUUUGCCCCGGACCAUCUCCUCCAAAUUACCUUUUGCCACCGCCAAAGUCUCCGAGCUGAAGAGGAUUUUCCACGCCGAGGACAACUCCACCAUGGAGAAGAUCAUUACCGACGCCCUGCAGGAAUGCGAGAGGGCCCCCAGCAAAGGCGAGACGAAACGGUGCGUCGGCUCGGCCGAGGACAUGAUCGAUUUCGCGACGUCCGUCCUCGGCCGAAACGUCGUCGUUCGCACCACGGAAAACGUCAAUGGUUCGAAGGGCGACGUGGUGGUCGGGGCGGUUAAAGGAAUCAACGGCGGGAAAGUCACGCAGUCCGUGUCUUGCCACCAGAGCUUGUUCCCUUACCUACUCUAUUACUGCCACUCGGUUCCGAAAGUCCGGGUUUACGAAGCGGAUCUACUGGACCCGACUACGAAGGCCAAGAUCAACCGCGGCGUUGCCAUCUGUCACUUGGACACGUCUGCUUGGAGCCCCACUCAUGGAUCCUUUGCGGCUCUGGGCUCGGGUCCGGGUCGGAUCGAGGUCUGCCACUGGAUCUUCCAGAAUGACUUGACUUGGACCAUUGCUGACUGAAGAGUGUGAGAGUCUUAGCAUGUUUCGGUAAGUAAUUUGGGGUCGAGCCACAUGUUAAGAAGUGUUAGCAAGUGGCUCGAGUUCGAGUUAGAUUAUUUAUAGCUGUAUUAUCAAGUAAUAAUUUUCUCUUUUUUCUUUUACAUUUCGGAACAUGUCUUAAUUAUUAUAUGUUAUCUUUGGGUAAAUGCUUAUUGAGAAUGAAGCCAAUGGGUUUGAUUAAGCUA